CGCCGUCUACAGUGUUUAGUAAACGUUAUGCGUGCGAUGCCGCCCACCUAGAUCCUUUCAGUGACAUUUAUCGAUUUUUCCGUUAUCAAAAACAAUUGCAAACAUGCACAGGUUUGUCAGACCUCAGCUUUUGCUUCGUGAUUCUAAACAGCCAUUAUUACCGACAGCGGGUCAACUUUGUACAAAUCACAAAUCUGUUGUGUCCUGUAUAAGGGGAUAUGUUGUAUUGCCUCCCACCAAUGAUGAAGAAGAAAAAGCCAUGCUUCACAGGAUGAUGAGAGUGGACCAUGCAGGAGAAUAUGGUGCCAACCGAAUCUAUGCUGGUCAGAUGGCUGUUCUUGGCCAUACACAAAUCAGUCCACUCAUUCAGGAAAUGUGGGAUCAAGAGAAGCAGCACCUGAGAAAGUUUAAUGAGAUACUGGCUGAGAACAGAGUGCGUCCGACCCUCUUGCUUCCGCUGUGGAACAUAGCAGGAUUUGCUCUUGGUGCUGGCUCUGCUCUCUUGGGAAAGGAAGGGGCGAUGGCCUGCACUGUGGCUGUAGAGGAGAGUAUCUCAGAGCACUACAACAGUCAGAUCAGAACUCUAAUGGAGAAAGAUCCUGAGAAGUACACCGAACUGCUGCAGCUGAUUAAAGAAUUUCGGGACGAUGAAAUGGAGCACCAUGACACUGGACUGGAGCAUGAUGCUGAAUCCGUGCCUGGAUAUCAGCUGAUGAAAGCAAUCAUACAGGCGGGCUGCAAAGCUGCAAUCUGUGUCUCAGAGCGUCUCUAAAUAUUUUCAGAGUAUUUAAAAGUUACCCGAAUACCAAAACAUUGCUCUGUUUGUUUGAGCAUCCCAUCCUGCCCAACACAGUAAUAUAGACUCAGCCAACGUUUAGGCUGGGACGUUUUCUUUGUGUGACCAGUAGGAGGAAUAUUUAUAAAGCCUGUGUUAAAAAUAUAUAUUUUUUAUGGUUUCAAUGUAGUGGCACUACUGUUGUAGAAAUUAC